AACAAGAUGCAAAUAAUGCUGGCUGACGGAGCUUCGCUCUGGUUGGCUCUUCUCGGUCACGUGUCAGAACCCACAAAGCCCCGCCCCUCCCCUCCGAGGCCGCUCGUGAGAGUUCGAGCUCGCGCGCCGUCCGGUUCAGUGACACCUGGAAUAAAGCGCGCGGAUGCACCUGCAGUUACCGAACAUGGCUCUUGUGUUGUGUCCCUGCACUGCCGUCCUCUCGUCUCGCUCCAGUGGUGUCCGUGUCCAACUAUCACCCUCUGCGUGCAACUGAGAAGAACCAUGCUGUCGGGCAGCUGGCGCCGCGGAACCAUCAUCCCGUCUGCGAGCGGGCCGGGCACGAGUAAAGGCGGGUCGAGACUGGGCAGCACUGUGAUUCUAGAAGCUCAGUAUGACUAUUCGUACCGCGGCGCCGACGGCCGUCUGGUCUCCAUACACGAGGGCGAGCGCUUUCUGCUCCUGAAGAAGACUAAUGCGGACUGGUGGCAGGCACGGAGGAUCGGGGUGGGCGUGAAGGUCAAACCAAUAUAUGUGCCGGCUACAUACGUCAUUGAGCUGCCCGUCAGCACGUUCCGCCCAUCGCUGCCCAGCAGCCAAUCAGCAUCUGAGAGUCUCAAGAUGUUCUUCCAAGCUCCACGAGGUUCCCUCACACCCUGCAUGCAAACGCACUGCUCAGUGCCUGAUAAGCAGUUCUGUCGUUCCAUGGAGAAUCUCAGCUGCAGCAGUGCCUUGAUGGACAAACACACAGGCCGAGUCUCAGUAAGAGGACAUUUCCCAGCGUUCCCCGCUUCCUCCACCUCGCCCUCAGGUCACCUGACGAUCCCAGGUGGAUACUCGAGUCCAGGCGCUCCCAUCGCCCGCAGCCAAAGCUCCAGCAAUCUGCCCCAGAACCCGUACCAGGACACGAGCCGCUCCACGGCGAGCGUGAGCAGCCCGACCCGAUCGUACAGCCAGUGGGACGUGAGCGCGGCCGCACGCAGACACACACACGGACACAUACAGCUCUCAUCAUCAGACUACAUUUCCCAGAGUUCUCUGUCAGAGCAGGGGAAAAGACAGUGGGCGGAGCCUCCCAAGCCGUCACCGGGUCAGAAGCCCCUCCAGACGCUGCAGCAGUGGGAGCAGUACCGCGACCCCGGCACCGGACGCUGUUACUACGUCAACACCGUCACGAAGGAGCGCUCGUGGAAACCUCCGCGCCGAGCCCGCGAGAGCAACGAAAGCAGGGGUAAUGUGGUUCAGCGUGACUUCAGGCACCUGUCGCUCCCCUUACAGAACUCAGGAAGCAGCUCGAUGCACAGGCUGUCACCUGACCUCACCUACAUUACCCAUGAUGCCAAUGGUUGGCAGCUGAAUCAGAGCAUGCAGCGCACCUCGUCGUUUGACACGCCCCGCUCCACCUCGAGCGUCUUUGAGGAUUCACACCGCAAGGACUCCGGGGGCGUGGCCCACAUGAGCCACUCCUACUCCAUGUUCCUGCAGUCACAGGCACAGAGGACAUCCGCAAACGGAAAGUCAGACUACAGGCUGGUGGUGGAAGCGCCUUCAUCUGACAGCUCACCAGAUAGUGAAGGUGUCUCACCGGAACUGGAAAAGGCCGGUCUGCUUAACAAAACCAAGAUAGCAGAAGGAGGCAGGAAACUGAGGAAAAACUGGAACCCUUCAUGGGUGGUGCUGGUGGGAAACAGUCUCGUCUUCUUCAAAGACCCUAAAAGCCAGAAUCCUGACAGCUGGAAGCCGGGUAACAGCCGUCCGGAGAGCAGCGUGGAUCUGAGAGGAGCUCAGCUUCAGUGGGCCAAUGAUCUGUCCAGCAAAAAAAACGUCUUCAAGCUGAGGACGAUUACGGGAAAUGAAUUCUUGCUGCAGUCGGAGACGGACUCUCUCAUCAGAGAAUGGUACAGAACCAUCCAGAACGUCAUCGACAGACUGGAUAAAGAGAAUCCUCUAGAUAACGUGCUGCUGUAUUCUCUGAGGAGAGCCGGAUCCGUCGAGAUGUUGGACCAGAGCGGAGACGAGGACGAGAACCGUGGAGGAUUCAAGGCAUCGCUCCCUCGCUCCACCUCUUACAUGGAGAACUCGGAACGCAAGCGUGUGAAGAGCCGUUUGAAGAAGCUGAUCCUCAGGCGACCUCCACUGCAGACGCUGCAGGAGAAAGGACUCAUCAAAGAUCAGGUGUUUGGCUGCGGACUGGAGCUGCUGUGUGAGAGGGAGAAAUGCACCGUUCCACAGUUCGUCAAGAAAUGCACUGAAGCCGUGGAGAGGAGAGGGUUGGAGACCGAUGGGAUUUACAGAGUCAGUGGGAAUCUUGCCGUCAUUCAGAAACUGCGCUUUGCUGUCAAUCAUGAGCGAGCAGUGACCACAGACGGACGCUAUCUCUUCCCUGUGGAUUUAGUGCAAGAGCGUCUGGAUCUGGACGACCCGCAGUGGGAGGACAUUCACGUCAUCACUGGAGCGCUCAAACUGUUCUUCAGAGAGCUACCCGAGCCGCUCGUCCCGUACGGAUUCUUCCACGACAUCGUCGAGACCGUCAAAAUAUCUGAUUACCUGGAUAAGGUGGACCGACUGAAGCUUCUGGUCAUCAGCAUGCCUCCACCAAACCACGACACCUUGAGUCACAUGAUACGCCAUCUGAAACGGGUGAUGGAGAGCUCCGACAGCAAUCGCAUGACGACUCAGAACAUCGGCAUCGUGUUCGGCCCCACGCUGAUGCGUCCGGAGAACGAGUGCGGAAACAUGGCCAUCAACAUGGUGUAUCAGAACCAGGCCAUCGAGCUGCUGCUGAGCGAAUACGAGCGGAUCUUCGGAGCCGAGCAGACGGGAUCUUACUGAGAUCAGGGACACACGGACGGAUUCACGGAUGCUCUUCACGAGAUCUGCGUUGUUAGUCGACAAACUCACGAUAUACGAGAGCUGUUUGUGAACGGGUGGAUCUCAUGAAAGCACAGCCGGGUCACGUCACUGUAGCUUGAAAAAUACAAACAAUAUUUUGCAUAAAGACGGAUCAUUUUCGCCACACAUUUUCAGAUGUUUUUUUUUUAUUUUUUUUUACUGUAAAAAUUCUCCAAAGCUCUCUAAAGUUUUGUUUUAUUGUACUACAUAAAUAAUAGUAAUAAUAAAAAAUAAUAAUGAA